CCGCUUCAUGUCUGGAUAUGAACAACAACGACAAUUACGUACAUGACUCCAGCAGAGCGCAUCAUUAUGUUCCCCACAGGACGCGCUCGGACACUCAGCGCCGCCGGAAGCGCACAACUUUCAGCAAGGUGCAGCUGAGCGAGCUGGAGAGAGCCUUCUCUGUCACACAGUACCCGGACAUUAAAAGGAAGGAGUCUCUUGCAUCUAUAACCGGGCUACCUGAGUCUAAAAUUCAGGUCUGGUUUCAAAAUCGACGCGCGCGCUAUUUCAAGAGCAAGAAAGCAACUAGAGAGGUUCACAAACCCUCUGCAGACUACCUGCAUCAGUUCUCCUACACUCAAAGUCCCAGUCCACCUUUCCCACAGUUGGCUCCUUCUUUCCCUCAUUACCCCAGCCUGCCGUGCCCACCAGGCUACCCUGCUCCCUGUCUACCUCAGUCCACCAGGCUCUCAACCAUCCCGGGGGGUCAGACAACGUCACUGCCCGCACCUACAUCCCCUGUCGCCGCCGACCAAGCUACAUCGUGCUACCCGCAUGGACCGGAAGUUACACAGGACUACCAAACCCCAUACUUUCAUACCGAUUACUGCAAUUUGUUCCCACACAGCGAGCUCAGUGAAUGGGAUUUGACGGAGGACUUUGAGGCUUUCCUCGGAGAUGCACAGGGAUCCCAACCUGCAGGUAGCCGCUGCGCUUCAGUAGGACAUCCUGCACCCAAAGAGAACAUCCAGAGUCAGCAGAGCUUCUGCAGCACCGACGAAUCCACGGACGACUUGUCCGAUAUGUGCUUUCAGGAGCUGGGCGACUUUAAAAUGUCGGAAUUGGACAUUUCUGCAGCAAUGAUUGAUUAUCUUUUGGGUUGACUGAUACAAUAAGAGGGAAGAAGAGUAGGCUACGUAUUUAAGACCACAUUGUAAAUAGGCUUAGCUGUAAUAGAGUAUUUAUUGUGCGAUUGCAAUGAUGAAAGGACUUCCUUAUGUGAAUUAAUUGUGUAGAACUAUUCAGGUAUCCUAUAGUUAUCUACAUAUUGUAGUGUAUUUCAUGUGCUUUACAAAUAAAACAUUUUAAUAUA